CCAGAAAAAGAGAAGAUAGAGGAGCCAGAAAAGGGAGUGUCAUAUAGCAGAAUCGAUCUCUUUCGGUUUACUCAGCUCAUUUGGAGUGUUACCAGCUAUGUCUGUACCAGCUAUGGAUUCUUUUAAGACCAUCCUAAAGUUCCUCACGAAUCAGAAGAGCACUAUUGGCUACAGCUUCAUGGCUAUUUUGACAAUAGGUAGUGAAAGAAUCUUCUCCAUGGUGUCUUUCCAGUGUCCGUGCAACCGAGGACAGAAUUUUGCCUAUGGAUUAACUUUCCUGCUCGGCCCUGCAGUCGUCUUGCUGGCAAUUGGUCUCUUUGUUAGUACACGUCUUUGGCGGUUAUAUACUGGGUGUUGUCUCAACCCUAUCAAGCUUUGCCCCAGGGGGAACUUUGUGGGAUGCUUGUCAGUGUUUGUGAAAGUGCUACAUGGAGCUUGCAUUGCCCCUAUUAUGUGGCUUACUGUAGCGCUGUUAAAUGGAACUUUUUAUGAGUGUGCUGUCAGUGGUCUGGAUGAAAAUAUGGUGGUGAAUAUUUUCUGCCAAAACAAGACACCUACGUGCCGGGAAGAGCUGCCCCGAGUGCCCUGCAGCAAGUCCCAUUUGUCUCCAAAUGAAAAUAUGGAGCUGCUGUUGAUGCUGCGAGCCCAAUCACAGAUACUCGGAUGGUCCAUCAUUAUCAUAUCAGCAAUAGUAGCGCUGAUCGGGACUUGUUAUAAGAACUGUCGCUCUCAAGUAAGCUACAUUCAGUUAACUUUCCAUAAAAUCUACAUGGAGAAGGAAAGGGAAAAGUUUGAGACUUUUGCAGAAGCCUAUGCCACCAAACUAGCAGAGAGAAACCUCGAGGCUUUCUUUCAAAACAAGUGCCCUGAACCAUUUAACUUUCCAAAUCACAAGGCUUGGGAGGAGAUCUCUGCUGUAUACACCUUUAAAAAAAGCGAACAGUACUACAGCACACUGCAGAGAUACGUGGAGAGCAGAGAUGUAGACUUCAACCCUGAGAAGCGCCCUGUUCUAGAGGGAGAAGAUGGCAUAGAGAUGGCUUAAAAGCACAAAGCUGCAUGGACUGCAUGGUUUCUGAAUAGCCAAGAAUAUGACCUCGAAGACGAAAAACCACUGUGAAUCUGAGCAGGGUUAGAUUUUAGUUUGGUAGCUACAACCUGUAUUGAAAAUAAAGUAACUGGAAGUUUUGUUUUAUCCACUUAGGAGGUGGUCCUGGUGCAAGUCAGACUGCAAAUGUUGUUGUAGCAUUCAAUGAACAAACACAGGUCUCAGACACUAAAGAUUUGUACAGAUUUGAGUGUCUUCAAUAACAAGAUCCAAUUUGUAUAUUGUUUGAAUGUUGCAUUACAGGUUUUAAAAAUUCAAGGAAAGGAAAAAAACACACUUAUUCUCAGGUCAUUUGUCAUUUAGGCUCUAUGAAUCUCUCUUAUAUGCUCUUAUAAUGCAGUGUGUUCAAUGCACUUUAAUGCAUGACAACCUCUUGUAUAUGUAGUAAUGGUUUUUAAUUAUCCAUUCUAACAAUACUGUUUACAAUGUAUCUGAUCACAUUGUACUCAUGCCAUCCAACAAACUAUUGAACAUGUUAACAACCCUGCUUAUUUCCUCUGCAGGUUUUAAGUUUUGACAAACAGGAAAACCACAUUAUAGUCCACAACACACAUCUCUUCAGUCAUUUUGACCCAGAUAUCAGCUCUGAAUUGGGACCCUUUGAUCAAAACAAGUUUCUAUUAGCAUAGUUUUUCAAAAAGCAUAAACAGAACGAGCUACUAUAGGAUAUCAAAAUUAUUACACGUGGUAAAAUGCUGGUUUCCGGCAUGUUUGUGGUGUUUAUUUCCUAUUGUCAAAGAGACUCACAUUAUACUCAGGUUGUUGGACAGUGGACAGCAAAAAAAAAAAACAAUAUGUCAAAACAUAACAAUAAUAAUAAUAAUGAUAACAACAAUA